AUGUCUCAAGAUGUAGAUUACGACACAUUUCCUGAAGAUUUCUUGACAUUACUUAUAAAGUUAAAAUAUAAAUGUACCAAUAACGUUGGUGAUAUUGAAUUAAUAACUUUUAAAAAUAAUGGUGAUGUUAUUGUAAAAAGAAACGUUGCAAAUCUUAGCAAAGCUAAUGACCGAAAAAGGAAUUAUGAUAUUACUAGUACUAUUUCUAAAUCUGAAAUUGAAGCUUAUCGUAUGAUCCCAGAAAAUGAUUAUUUCCAUCAAAUAGAAGAUGAAAAAAUGAAGGAAAAAAUUAAUUCUUUGGAAAACAAACUUAAA